AUGCUGUGCAAGGCUAUCCUUGCUCUCGCUCUCUGUCCUCUGAUCGGGGCUCAGGGCCUUUUGGGUAACAAUGAGUACGAUUACAUCGUCGUGGGCGGUGGCACUGGAGGCAAUGUGAUUGCCACGCGCCUGGCAGAGAAAGACUUCAAGGUCGCGCUGGUCGAAGCUGGAGGACAUUACGAGCUGCAGUCUUUCGCCGCCGUUCCGGCUGCCGAUGCUCUGCCCGUCGGUUCCAGUCCUCGUGUCAAAUCCUCCAUCGACUGGGGAUUCAUCACCGAGCCUUUCCCCGGUGCCAACAACCGCGCCAUCCAUUUUGCACGAGGUAAAACGCUGGGUGGGUCGUCGGCGUUGAACUUUAUGAUCUAUCAAAGACCAACCGUCGACUCGAUGCAGCAAUGGGCGGACACCGUCGACGAUAAGAGCUAUACGUUCGAUCAGGUGCUGCCCUUUUACAAGCGCAGCACUCACUUCACUCCCCCCAACGCCGAUAUCCGAUUCCCCAAUGCGUCGGCCAAAUACGCCGAGUCUGCGUUCGAGCAAAAGGCCGGUCCCCUGGAGGUCUCCUAUGCCAACUACGCCAUGCCCUUCUCGACCUGGAUGAAGCUGGGCAUGGAGGCGAUCGGCAUCUCGGAGGCUGAGGACUUCAACUCCGGCUCCCUGAUGGGCAAUCAGUAUUGCUCGUCGACCAUCCGUCCGGGCGACCAGACUCGCAGCAGCUCCGAGUCGUCGUUCCUCAAGUCGCCGCCCGGAUCCCUGGACAUCCACGAAAACACGUUGGCUAAGAAGAUCAUCUUCAACAAGAACAAGAAGGCAACGGGCGUGCAGAUCAAGGGUCCCCUCGGAGGAGUCUCUACCCUCAAGGCCAGCAAGGAAGUCAUCGUCUCUGCCGGCGCAUUCCAGUCCCCCCAGUUGCUCAUGGUGUCUGGAGUCGGCCCUGCAGACACGCUCAAGGAGCAUGACAUCGAGGUCAUUUCCAACCUUCCUGGUGUUGGUCAGAACAUGUGGGAUCAUCCUUUCUUUGGUCCCAGCUAUCGCGUCAAUGUCACCACGUUCACCAAGAUUGCGCGCAACCUACUCUACCUGCUCGGCCAAUUCCUGAACAGCGUUGUCGCCAAGAAGGGUCCUCUAACCAACCCCAUCGCCGAUUUCCUCGCCUGGGAGAAGAUCCCUGCCAAGUUGCGCGAGUCGUUCUCGGCUCAGGUGCAGAAGACUCUGCAGCAGUUCCCCAAGGACUGGCCCGAAGCUGAGUAUAUUUCUGGAGCCGGUUACAUUGGAAACUUCUCCGACCUCCUCACGACUCAGCCCCAGGACGGCUUCCAGUAUGCCUCGAUGCUGGGUGUCCUCGUUGCUCCGACUUCUCGCGGCAACGUCACCCUGAAAUCUGCCGACACUUCGGACCUCCCCCUGAUCAACCCCAACUGGCUGGCCACGGAGUCGGACCAGCAGCUCGCCAUCGCCAUGUUCAAGCGCAUGCGAGAGGCGUUCCACAGCAAGGCCAUGGCUCCCGUCGUUAUUGGCGAGGAGUACUAUCCCGGUAACAAAGUUAGCUCGGACGAGCAGAUCCUUGACUUCAUCCGCAACCACGUCAUGACGCUGUGGCACCCGGCCUGCACCUGUAAGAUGGGCACUAAGGACGACGAGAUGGCCGUUCUCGAUAGCCAGGCUCGCGUGUAUGGCGUCAGCGGACUCAGAGUGGUUGACGCCAGCUCCUUCCCCAUACUGCCCCCAGGUCAUCCUCAAUCCACCGUUUACAUGCUGGCUGAGAAGAUUGCCGACCUCAUGACUAGCACUAACAAGUCUUCGUAA